UUCACCAUGCAGUCAGUCGGUGUUGAUCGUAGAGAGAGAGAGAGAGAGAAAGAGAGAGAGAGAGAGAGAGAGAGAGAGAAGGAGAGAGAGAGAGAGAGAGAGAGAGAGAGAGAGAGAGAGAGAGAGAGAGAGAGAGAGAGCGAGAGAGAGAGAGAGAGAGAGAGAGAGAGAGAGAGAGAGAGAGAGAGAGAGAGAGAGAGAGAAAUGCUUCUAGUUCCUUCAAAUGCUGCCUCCGGGUAGUACUAUAUACGAGAAUACUGUUCAAGUA